AUGGACACAAAAACAACACUGUCAGAAACAGAAGAAGGUGAAAUUGUUGACGACUCUGGAACUUUUGACAGUGAAGAUGAUACCGGAAACAAACGGAAUAUCGAAGAAGUUACCAAUGGAUUAGCCGCUCUAUCGGGUCCAGGUCGACCUUCACCUGAGAGCCAAGGUACCGAAGAUUCGUUAAAGGAUCGUAGGCUAAGUACUGGAAGCCGAGAAUGCGACUCUGCAAUGGAAAUAAAUAGCAGGGAGAAGGCUAGUCACAGCGAAAAAGAUCGUAAGCACCGAGAGGACCGCAGGCAUCGACAUUCUAGCAAACAUUCCCACAGCCAUCGUCGCCAUCAUGACCGUGAUCGUAGUCGUCAUGGCCAUCACGGACGUCAUGACUAUAGUCGAAAAAAUGGAGUUGAAGAAGGUGACAGACACCGUAAGGAUGGUUUAGGUAACAACUUAAACUCGACCGACCAUAUGGUCGUCGAUGACGACGAAAAUCGUAGCGAUGUCUCCACCAAUCGUAUUGAACCUUCUGCUGCCUCUUCCCGUAAAUCUAAACGUAGUAGGGAAGAUCUUUCUUCUGACGAUGAAGGUCAUCACCGCUCAUCCUCUCGUCGCCAUUCUUCUCAUAACAGUGAACGACGGCACAGUGCGAGCCAAAGAAGCAAGGAGUCUCGUAGUCGAUACGAUAGUGAUCGCGAUUACCGUUAUGGACAGAGAGAAACUCUGAGAGGUUACGAAAGGGAGGUAGGAUAUAGCAGAGAAAGAAACGAAGGUCAUGGUAGUGAGCGAAAUUACGAUAAAGAAAGAAGUAGGCGAUAUGACGACAGAGUUAACGGUUCACAUUCGUCGCGAAGAAUAAUCGAAUAUGAAAUAGAUGAUACCGUUCCCAGUGGUACAAUCCUCAAGGAUGGUCAAAGUUCUGUUUCACACUUAAAAAAUGACUCAAAUGUUGAAAAAUCUAUGGAUGAACCCACAGAUAUAGUUCUUGAACAAGAAGAUGAUGAAAAAAUAAUUGAAGAAAGACGUAAACGUCGUAAUGCAAUAUUAGAAAAAUAUAAAAAUAAGAAUAAUGAAAUUUCCUCAACAGGGCCUACGGCAAUGGAAUUGACGGAACAUAAACAAGAGGCAACUGGCACACCCACUGUAGUUUCUCCAAUUACACCAACAACUGCAUCACCAACAUCGUUCUCUUUAACUAAAGUUGAACCUUCUAUCGAUGAUUUUGUUCCUGGAGAAGAUCAAUUUUCUGCUGCAGAUUACGACCCAACAAAAGACCGUAUAGCGGAUGACGAAAGGCAAUUACAUCAUAAAUCUGCCAAGGACUUAGAAUUGCUCAAGAACAAAGAUGCUCAGGAAUCUGUCGUUCCACGGGAUGAAAAUGACGUUGAUAUGUCUGCAGCUGAUUAUAAGGAAACUUUAAAUGAAAGUAAUGGAGAUCAUAAAGCUAAUAAUUUGAAAACGAUUGAUGAAUUUGACAUGUUUGCGGAUGAUGAUAUGGUGAUUCCUUCACCAGAGUCGAAAAAAACCACGAAAUCAAUACCUGCCGUUAAAAACGUUCCGGUAGUGAUGCAUGAUCAUGCCGCCGGUCUUGUAGACAAUUAUGAUGAUGCCGAAGGAUAUUAUCGCGUUUUGUUAGGUGAAAUGCUUGACAAUCGAUAUCACGUAUAUAGUCAUCUUGGCAAAGGUGUAUUCAGUUCUGUAGUCAAAGCUAAAGACACAAAAGAAGGAACAGAUGAAAGAUUUAUUAAAUGGAUCUUGAUUUUUAGGUAUCGGGCUGGUAUAAAAGAAUUAAACAUUCUCAAAAAACUAAUGCAAUCUGAUCCAGAAAAUAAAAAGCAUGUAAUUCGAUUGUUUAGACAUUUCGAGCAUAAAGGGCACUUAUGCCUAGUAUUUGAAUCAUUAAGUAUGAAUUUAAGAGAGGUUUUGAAAAAAUUUGGCAAGGAUGUUGGUAUAAACAUCAAGGCUGUUC